AUGACUAAGAAACUUGUAGAGAGUGAUCUACGCCCAAUCUAUAAGGAGCAAAAGGAGUCUGUCGUACACGUGUUGUGGCAGUUUGCUGCUACUAAUGAUGUUUGGUUUGAGGCUUGUUCUAAAAUUAAAAAAUGGAGCACUUGUGAAGAUAAUCUGCUGAAAUUGAUAGAGAAGCUAAUGCAGAAACUGUCUAAAGAGGAAAUGGAGGAGGUGGCUAUGAUAAUGAGGAGUUUAUGGUUAAGAAGAAAUCAGUUUAUUUUUGAAAACAACUUCACAUCUCCUGGCCAGGUUAUCAGUGCAGCAAGGGAACAAAUAAGAGAGUUUAAAUUGGCUCAAACAGUGGUUGAGAAGAGCUGUCUUAGCAGAACUAUAGGGAGACAAAUGAGAUGGAAGAAACCUAAUAGAGGUCAAGUGAAGGUAAAUUGGGAUGCAACCAUAGAUCAGAAACAGAAAAAAAUGGGAAUUGGAGUAGUCAUAAGGGACGAAAUGGGAGAAGCAUUAACAACUUGCUGUGAUCAGAAGAAGCAUGUGCAACACUCAGCAAUAGCAGAAUGUAUGGCACUUUGGAAAGCCAUGGAGCUUUGUAGAGAUCUUGGUUUUCUCAGAGUGGUUUUUUAG